AUGGCAUUCGGAACAGCCCGCGGCCGGGAGGCCCUCUCUCUCAGCAUUGCAUUUACCACCUUGGCCACUGUUUUCACGUUUGUCCGAAUUUACACACGAGCAUUCCUUGUGAAGCAGAUGGGCGCUGACGAUUGGGCUAUUAUUGUGGCUCUGGCCUUUAGUUGGGCUUUUUUCGGUCUGUUUGUUGGAGAGGUCAAGUAUCUCAUGGGAGAGCACUAUGUGAAAAUCCCGCCAGACAUUCUUGUCAAACAAAUGAAGUGUUUCUGGGUAACGAUACCCUUGUAUCAAGCGAGCCUGCUUACUACGAAAGCCUCGAUUCUGCUACAAUACAAACGAGUUUUCUCGACACCGCGCAUGCGUUUCGCCUGUUGGUGGUUGAUUGGAUUUCUGGCCGUGUAUGGAUCAUGGGCAUUCAUCAGCGCCUGGGUCACUUGCGUACCUGUGUCCAAGUUUUGGUAUCCUGACAAGCCCGGGUAUUGUCUUAACAAGAAGGCCCUUUGGUUCUCCAACUCGGCAAUCCACAUUUUCACGGAUAUCCUGAUCCUGGUAUACCCCAUGCCAGUGCUCAAGAACCUGCAACUCCCCAGACGACAAAGGUACGCCCUUAUGGCCGUCUUUGCUCUGGGUUCAUUUGUCUUGAUAACGAGCAUUCUCCGACUGGAGAGUCUCCUGGUCAUUUCCAACUCGUCCGAUCCAACUUAUGAUAACCCAGGCGCUGCCAUGUGGUCCGCCAUCGAAUGCAACGUCGCCAUCAUCUGCGCCUGCCUCCCCGGCAUCCGCGCCCUCAUCUCCAAGCUCCUCCCCCGCUUCCUCCCCAGCUACAAGACCAGAAGCAACACCAGAAACAACACCCGCAACACCAGGACCCAACGCAGCCGCGUCACCCAGUUCUCCAACUUCCAUGAUUCUAUCACCGGCCGCCAGCCUGAUUUCCACAUGCAGUCGAUCAGCCACGGCCCGGAGGGCGGCGACGACAAGGCAAGCGGUUUCGAGGAAGGCGCUUCGAACAAGAUCAAAGUGACCACCAUUGUGUCACAGGAAUCCGUAUCGAAUGAUGCCUCGAGUCAACAAAUCCACGGCAUCCUCGAAGCAUGCAUCAGAUACCUGGUAGACCUCCCAGAAAAUAUCACCAACUCGGUUCAGGUCUUCCCCAAGCUGGCCGAGACACAGGCAGGUGCUAAAAGACAAGGUGAAGCGGUUCGCUUCGAGUUCGACGUCAAAAACACAAUGAAAGAUCGCAUCCGCGAGGGUAUUUCCCGCGAGGUUCAGUUGACAAUGAAUAUACGCCAUGAUAGCCCGGCCGACUUGAACGCGAGGAUGAAUGAACUUGCAAACUACUCUGCGAAUGCUCAGAGCGGGAUCAAAAUGAUCGUUGAGACGAAACUAGAUGAGAUUGGACGCGGGCUCGUCGAAAGGGUCACGGACCUUCAGACAGUUAUGUCUAGAGUUCCGAGUCUGAACGGUGAGGAACGCAACUCCAUCGAAGACGGUGUCCACGAAGUGCAGCAAGUUGUUAGCCAGAAGAUCGAAACGAGCCAUGAGAACAUACAUGGGUUGACUAUUAACGGCGGUGCUACCAAAAGGAGAAAGCGCAAGGCCGAUCUAGACUGGGAUUAG